GGCUGCAUGUGUGCAUCAGGUCACAAACAAAGAUAGUUUCAGUUAGUGAAGUAGGUGUCAGUCAGUCAUGGCGAUCUUUAAACACUUGUUUCUUGUUUUGUCUCUGGCACCACUGGUACUGAGCUACCCUUUCUUCCCCCCAACAUGCUACAGCAAGGUGCUGAGCAUGGCACGUGAUCUCACCCAGAUGGCUGCAGAUCUGAAGAGGGACCCUGAAACUAGUUACUGCAUGGGUCACAUGCCAGAUCUCUACCUUGAUGUCCAUAAUGCCUGUGUGAUGCAUAAAAUGAGGACCUACAUCUCCCUGGUGGAAGGCCUGCGACAUCGCCGCUGUGCUUACACCAGAGAAGUGAGGAAGCUGGGUCUCACUCUCAGACAGCUCUUCAUCUUUAUGUCAGAGAAAUGUCACGGGGACUUGGUGUUCACAGUCUAUGACUGUGCUGUGUUGGAGCGCUAUCCUGGAUACUGAGAUAUCAAUAUUACUAUCUGAAAGCUAUACAGUCAUUUCUUAAGUGUGUGCAAUGACUAAAAAAGCAAGACUAAAUCUACAGUAACUUCUAUAUAGCUUGUGUUACUAAAAAUGAAAUUGAAUCAGCUGGUUUCUUUUUUACUAUAAUGUGGUUAAUUCGCACCUACUGUCACAACCUUCCAAUGGAAUCAGACUGAGGAUACAUAUAAUAAACUUUAUUAAAAUUCCUUCUAUUCUCAUACAGUAGAUAUAUGAUAUCAUAUUGUACACAAGCUUGUAAGUGGCCUUCUGCACAGUUUGCAAAAUUGUCCAGUCUUUUCUUUUUUAAUGAAAUAGGUGUACUUCAAGAUCUCUGAUCAUCCUUCCCUGUUAAAGAAUGUUUUUUUACAGUACAGUAGUAUAUAAAAACAAAAGCAUAUCAUUGAUAGAAUCAAAAACAGAAUACACAAUAUACUGUCUAUGUGUCUUACAUCUAAAAAUAAAAUACAUAUUUGACUUAUAACUUGAAUAUGAAAUACAUUAUGUAAAUCCAAGGCACUUAGGGGUAUUAGAGGAAGACAAAGUGCAUCAAGUUAUAAUGCUGGAGCUUAAUUGACUUGGACAGCUUUGUGGUUGUAGGAACUGUACAAAGUACAAAUACAAUUGUGGCAAGUAAUGAGAGUGAAGGGAUUAGUAACCUCUGUGGGUUAAUGUGGACUUGCAUGAGCUUGUCUCUUUACUGUAGGUUCUUUAGGGAUUUGCAGAACGAAAUCUCUCUUUCACUUUUUAUCAAGAGUGCAAAGUGAUGGGUGGUUGGUUUUGCAUCACGUUUGAAAUAAGACAACUAGACAAAUUAGCCUAAUAUACAUCUACAACUUUUAGAUCAAACUUCUUAUUAAAAGGGGAGGAAAAUUGAUACAAUGCAUGCAAAAUCAUGAUUUCCAACCCAUUUAAACCGCCGACUGCAACCAAUCCUGUCCAUAAUUGGUAAUUCCGCUGAUAAUUGGCUAAUCUUUUCAUAGAACUCUGAGAGAAAAUUACUCAUGCUAAUUAGGUGGUAAAUGAAGGACAAGUAGUUUCCUUCAGAAGGGCUUUAUGGACUGAUAGAAUAAUACAUCCUUAAUGUCAGCAUUGAUUGGAGUUUAAUUUUGCUGACAACAAUCAUUAGUACAGAGAACAGUGGCUCAGGCACUAUUAAGAAAUGAAUCACACAUAAAUGUCUUCUUCCACCUGAUGUUGAUAAAAAAAACUUCACAUCAGACAUGUUGCUCAAACAUAUCUGAACAUAGUCCAUCCCUCCAUUUAAAUCUAUUUUCUAUUCAAAUACUAAAUUGUUUAAAUGCAAUUGAUUAACAGAGACUGAGGGGGAUGAAUUUGAUGUGCUAAAAAAAGGACAAAAGAAUAGACAAUUCCUCUCCACCGACUAUUUUAGACGUAUUGUUCAAAUGCCUUUGCCUAUUUGUAAU